GAGAGGGAGUGCAGCGAGAUCUGGAUUGAUAGAGUUGUCGGGAAAAUUAGUGGGCAUUGGGGAGUAAUAUCUGAGGCGUCAUUUGCCUCAUGCAGUUUUUACAAGGGCUCUGGGGGGAGGGUUUGUGGAUUUAUUUUGCAGGAGGAAGGGUUGGCCCUGGCCUUGGCCCUAACCCUAACCCUGUAAGGUCAGCCAGUGAUUUGGAUGUGUUCUCCUGAGCCUGAUCCAACUUACUGGCUCAAGUUUGUAGCUUCAGAAUAAUUCAUAUCCUGGGUUCGUGUGGGAGGGAGGAUGUCAAACGACACUUAUGUGAAGGAUAUCAAAGCUGGUUUGAAAAACUUGAAUCUCCUCUUCAUUGUUCUGGAAAUAGGACGAGUAACCAAAACCAAGGAUGGGCACGAAGUUAGGACGUGUAAAGUGGCUGAUAAAACUGGCAGCAUCAACAUAUCGGUGUGGGAUGACGUGGGAAGUCUGAUUCAGGCUGGAGAUAUCAUCCGAUUGACCAGAGGAUAUGCCUCGAUUUGGAAAGGAUGUCUGACACUCUACACGGGGAGAGGAGGAGAUCUCCAGAAAGUCGGAGAGUUUUGUAUGCAGUAUUCGGAAGUGCCGAAUUUCAGUGACCCCAAUCCUGAGUACAUGUCCCAGGCAUCUUCGCAGAACAAACCUACCCCGGCUGACCAAGGUAGCACUUCUACAACUGGCCCAGUGAGUUCAACAUCCUCUGUGACUACUGGUAACGACAGUCUGAAUGCUGCUGGCUCAGGUGGAGCUUCCCCGGGUAACACGAAUCAUCAGCUGCUACCAGCGGGUGGAAGAGGGAAUGGACGGGGCCCAGGAAAUAACCAGGCAGUGACCACAUCCAGCUCCACCCCGGCAACCACCACCCUUAGCAAUGGAAGGGAUCCACGGCGGGUACCAAAGCGAUGAUUUUCUGAAGUUUUAAUUGUUCGCCAUUUUAAUUUCCCCUUUGAUAACCUGCAGAAUCGGUAUCAAAGUGGUAUUGUUUUUAACUACAUCCCAUCCUUCCCUCCUGGGCUCCUUAAGAUUUGCACCUCAAGGCAUUUGGAAUCAUGACAGUUGACAAGAUGACUCAAUCCUCCCUACCCUCCCUCCCUUAUUGCCUUGUUUGACUGGGCCUAUCUGAGUAAUUAUGUUCUUUGAAGCACUUCACAGCAACUAACAGAACUGACAACUCAAAUGCAUUUGGUCCAAAUCAGAGGAACGCAGCUUUCCUAGCAGAUUGAUGAUGAAGACAACUGAUCUUAAAUGGCUAGGGGCAUUGUGUGGCAGGGGUGAGACUCUGACGUCCCUUACACUUCUUAAAUCCUAUCUUGUACCAAUGUGAACAAAUCUGCGGCAAGGUUCAUUUUGGGACCCCACAGAUUAAAAGUGGGUUUUCUAGCUCCCUGAAGCACACGAGUAUAAUUAGACCAUCACUGGCCAUUUAACUGUGCAACCAGCCCAUGUCUGCUGCUUGUAUCGUUAAAAAGGGUUUGUGUAUUCAGCUGAAUUGCUGCCUGUUAAUGGCUUUAAAAGAGAGGUCUCUGUACCUUUCACAGUAUCUCAAUCCUGUUUCGUUUAUUUGGCAACAUGUAUUUUGUGCAUCAUUCCCCCCCCCACCCCCCGCCCAAACUUCAAAUACCCACCCUCCCCACCGAUGAAAUGUAUUUGUACUUUGGAAAAUCCUGUUACUGGUGUGUGAGAAGAUUGCUUUUGGUUUUUCUGUCCUGAAGGUGUGUCCUCACUGGGGUACAAUUCCAGAGGCCCUUCAGUACCUCAACCAAGUGCUAAUCAUGCAUGUUUGAGACUUAAUGGUGAAUUUUAGCAGGCUAUUUGACUGCAGGGUGCCUCACAGCUGAGCUCAACCCUCCCACUGUACAUAUUCACUAUUUGUGUCUCACGCCCACACUCUGGUUCACCCUCAGCAGCAGGCACCAUGCGCCGUUCCCCAGACCCUGCUCUCCCAUACAGUCCCACCCUUUCCCUUUGUCCAACCGAGGUGUGGAAGCUAAUUUUAGCCUCUGACUCGGCCACCUCUGCACGACCAGGGAUCACAACACUGGGACCUGCCUGGUGUGUGUGUGUGGCUCUUUCUCUCCCUUCCUGUGGACAACUUCCACUCUUGUGCUUUAGGGUAUUCCAAGCACAGCUAAGUUGAAUUGCUGCCUUGAACCUCGUUUCCAGCCGAGUCUCUGUGAUGUGGGCUGCACUUCGAAACAUUUUGGGUUUAAAAUACUUCGUCCCUACUGCUGUGGGCAGUUUUGGUUUACAUUUUCUAAUUAUAGCCAGCACGGAUUCAAGUGAAAUCAAUGUUUGAACCUACAUCAAAGCUUUGGAGCCAGCCCAGUACACCUCUCUAAAAUUGUUUGGAGUGGAAAUUUCAAAACUAUUUGAGGGAUUGGCAAGGGAGAGGUGACGCCUCUGCACACUUCUUUAAGUCUUAUUUUGUUUCACGUUGGCAAGGUAGCAUGGUCCCUAGGAAAUGCUGCUCAUCCCUUCACCUUCUGGCCUUUCUGCUGCACAGUUAUACAAUGGCACUCUGUUCAAUCUGUCCCAUUUCUUGUAAAUAAAAGUAUGAAGGCCCUGUCAUCCUUUUUGUUAAAAUUGACAAGUCUCUGUGGGUUACUUUUCCCUCGUUGUGUCAGCUGUGGCUCUGGCUCGCACUCUUGCCUCUGAGUCACAAGGUCAUUGGAUCAAGCCCUACUCCGGAGACCUGAGCACAAAAUCCAGGCCUGAGGAAGUACUGCACUGUCAGAGAGGCCAACUUUUGGAUGAGACCUUAAACUGAGGCUACGUCUGCCCCCUUGGAUGGAUGUGAGAGGUGCCAUAGAGGAGCAGUGGAGUCCUCCCAAUAUCCAAUAUUUAUCCCUCAACCAACGUCACUAAAAUAAAACAGAUUAUUUAGUUAAAUUGCUGCUUGUGGGAGCUUGCUGUGCACAAAUUGGCUGUUGCAUUUCCUACCUUUCAACAGCUAUACUUCAAAGUACUUAUAUGGUUAUAAAGGGUUUUGGAGGUUGUGAAAGGUGCUAUAUAAAUGCAAGCCCUUUCUCUCCACACCACCCCCCCCCCCCCUUCCUUUGUGACAGAAGGAAUUUGAGUACUGGAGACUAGGGGCAGGAUUAUGUCUUAUCACCGUUGCAAUUAUCGUCAAGUUUUGAUAUUCAUGAUAAACAGGUUUUAUUCGGAGCCAAGUAAAUCAAAUUAUCAGCAAGGUCCUAUCUUCCAAGCUUCCUAUCUCUGUAAAUGCUUUUCACUAAACUUGUCAAGGCUCCCUGUCUCCCUCCUGCCCAGCUCCUAGUACAUAACUGUGUGCCAUCAUACAUAUUUUCCAUUUGCAAUACUUGCAUUCUGCAGCUGAACAAGUCCUUUUCAUAUACCAUUUUAUUUUUAAGUGCCAACAGCAGACACACCUUUAACACCAGCCAGGGUGAGAGACCAUCCAUAUACAAUACUGGCCUCGAUAUAUCACAUGUAAUCAGUUCUUGAUCAUGGAGUACCAUCUUUUGUAGUAACUGUACAAGUAGAAUGUUGUACAAUCUAUAAUUUUAAUGGAUUUGUGGAUUUUAAUGGAUUGUCCUGGGCCAAUAUUUAUCCCUCAGCCAAUACCACUAAGAGAUUAACUGCUGCUUGUGGGAUCUUGCUGUGCGCAAACUGCCUGCUGCGUUUCCUGUAUCAUAACAGUGAAUACACAUAAAGUGCUCUCUUAGCUGGAAAGCACUUUGGGACAUCCCGAAGUGGUGAAAGCGCUAUAGAAAUGCAAGUCUUUCCUUGUUCCACUGCUGGGUAAGGAUGUUAUCUAUUGCUGACAAAGCAAUGUUCUGCUGGCAGUGGUUACACUUGAAAGAAUCUGGGCAUUUAGCAUCAAUGCCAGUUCCACCAGAAGCAACCACUUCAAGGCCAUCUUUUUUUAGAUGGUGAAAUCUAAAUGGAGAGUUUUUUUUUUUACCCAGAAAAAAAUCCUUGUUUUCUCCCUUAGAUAACCUCUGACAUUGGAGCAACACAGUCAAGUCCAGUGCUAUCCUCGCAUCACAUCCACAUGCAUGCACACAAUUUCCAGCUGUAUGGUCACUGGCCAACUUUUCUUUCCUGCCUGUCACAUCAGUAAAGAUUAGUUAACAUAGCACAGACCGACAAUCUGAAGCUGGGAUCUUCCUAAUUCCACUGCCUCAGUGCCAUACCAGGCUGCGAAUUUACCUACUGAGCUACCAGCAUUCUCUUUUUGGUUUGAUUUGUUUGUUUACAAAGUGCCAGAUCAGUGAGAUCUCUGAAAUAUCAGAGCAUGCAGUGUGCCAGCAACCAAUGCAGAUGUGACUCAUGGGCGCCACACAGUGGUGACAAUCUGACACUGCACUAGUGUAAUGUUUCACUGUAAACUUCAAUUCAAAGGAGGUCUUUCAGCUGGUCAAAACAGUGCAACUUGUGACCUCUAUUGGUUGACAACUAACAUAUACUCUCGACAUGAAUAAUGUGAGUUAUUUUUAAAAGUUUCUUAAUUUUUCUUAAAUUAUUGUUGCCAAUCAGCAAUAAUGUCAGUUGUUAAUGUGCAUUAACAAGUGGGCAUAGAUGUGCAUUAUGUAAUCAUUGAAGGAAGAUCGAUUAUCUGUGUGUACUACCUACAUCUCACCCUGUUGCAUUAUACCAAUUUUCCAUAAAUACUGUUAAUAAAUAAAAACAGAAUGCUGGAAAUACUCAGGUCAGGCAGUAUCUGUGUAGAGAAAACAGUGUCAAUGUGGCAUUUUCAGUUUUUAUUUCAGAUUUCCAGCAUCCACAGUAUUUUGCUUUUGUGUUGUGUUAAUAAAAGCUUCUUUUGAA